AGGAUGACUUACCGCGAGUUAUGAACAUACGAAUGGAGAAUCCAAGCGUGUUUCAGGAGAGCGUUCGGGCGAGAUAUUGCAUGAAGGUAUUGCGAUGAACGAAACUGCUUUUCGAGGAGUGUCAUCGAAAGCCGUCAGUCGUAUAUUCAAACUUACCGUCUCUAUAGGGGGUGUUGGCCAAUAUGUGGGUGAGGUUUUGAAUGAAAAAUCCUCCGGGGAGCGCACAACUGCUGCUAAUUCCAACGGCCUUACUACAACAGAUCAGUAAGUCCGUACUGCAAUACGUCAUGAAAGUCCGCUCAUUUCGUACGACAUCAGCAGCAUCGUAUUCUGAUAUAUUGGUGCAUACAGGUUCGUCAACGGUAAUGGUACAAUAUUCAGAGCGCUCUUGUUUGCAGACGAUAGCAGAACAAAUGAGACAAAACCAUGAAAAAAGAGGCACGCUCCUGUUCCGUUUGACUGCUACAAAAAUGCGGGCACCAUGUCGAGGAUGAAUAUCCACUCAACAACAGAUGCAUUUGACGUUAUCUCCAUUCAAGACGGAUCCAAUUCCGGAA